AUGAAGAUAAAAACUUGUGCUCUCUUUCCCUGUUUUUUGACGCUUAUAACAUUUGUGACGGUUUUUAUCAUAACAAUAAAAGAGCCAGAAUAUCUUUCUGUCACAAAAUAUAGUAUAAGUGUCAUAAAUGGGUUUUCAAAUAACUCAUCUUUACCGCUUGUAAUAUGGUGUGAGUCCGAAGAAAAUGACAUGGGUGGUCGAGCUUUACAAGAAGGCGACGAUUAUAGUUGGAGUCAAAGCACCGGAUUUUUGGGCGUCGGAAUUAGUCGAGUAUUUUGUACGAUCAAAUGGGAAAGUGUCAGGAAAGUUUUUGACGCUUUUCAUUUUGAAAGAGAUAUUCAUCGUUGUAGUCCUUUUAAGAUGUGUGUUUGGUUGGUUAAGGAAGAUGGUUUCUAUUUUAGUAAUGAUGGUUUGCUCUUUCAAAAGGAUUUCUCAUGGAUGUAA